AUGGAACAUCGCCGAAAGUCAAUUUCGGAAGGUCUUCAGCAUGGAGUUCGAAGGAUUUCCGAGGGAUUUCUACACAUGACAAAUGCAGAUAGAAUGCUUGACCUGCAUGACAUUGGAAUGCACAAUGUGCAAUCGGAAUAUCAAUUGGUUUCAAAAUGGGAUGAAGCUGAGGAAGCAUUAGGAAGAGGAGGACGAAAAAAGUCAUUUGUGGAGAGAAAAGAGAAGAUCUCUUCCAAAUUUGCCCUUAUCAACCUCAUGAAAGGAAUGCUUGGCGCUGGAUGUUUCUCAGUUCCACUCGCUUUUAAACAAUCCGGUUAUGUGGUAAGUUUCAGAGAUUACUGUAGUUUUUACCCCUCUUUUUUAGGCUGGACUCGUUAUCAUUCUGGUUUUGGGUUUCCUAUGUGCUUUGUGUAUGAUAAACUAGUCAAGUGCGCUGGAUAUUUGUCAAAGAUAAAUCAAUCUGCUCCUCUGGAUUACGGUAACAUGGCCUAUAAAGCCACUCAAGCCAGUUAUACCCCGAUACGGAAACUGGCGCCAAUAUCUCGAGCAUUGGUGAACACAUCCUUAUGCGUAUUACAGCUGGGAAUUUGCUGUUGUUUCUACAUUUUUGUGGUCUACCAUUUGCAUGAGCUCCUUGAAUUCUUCAUGAAUGACGUUCCAAGUCGUGCAGCUCUCUUUCCAAUGGUUCUCCCCGCAUUCAUUCUUCUCGUUUCCCUUUCCUCAAUGCGUGCGUUAUCUCUUGUGUCUCUCGGUGGAAACUUCCUCAUGCUCAUCGCUCUGGCUGUUAUUAUGUUUCAACUUCUGACGACAGAGCACAAAAAACUUUCCGAUCUCCCGCCGGUCACAGAUCUGGGCGGAGUCGUUAGUGCCGCUGGUGCGAUCCUGUAUGCUUUGGAGGGACAGGCAAUGGUACUUCCAUUGGAAAAUAGAAUGAAAAAACCAGAAGAUAUGAAAGGACCUUUCGGUGUGCUGAGUCUUGGAGUCGGAAUGGUUGUCGUCAUUUAUUCAUUCGCGGGAUUUUUUGGAUUUUUGGCUUAUGGAAAUGACGUUCAAGAUUCAAUUACAUUGAAUCUUCCAAACGAUCACCUGGGAAUUUUCGUAAAAGCAGUUUUACUAUUUGUCGUGUAUUCUGGAUUUCUGAUUCAAGUUUUCCCUAUCGUUGCAAUGAUUUGGCCAGCAAUCAAGAAGAAACUCAGAAACUCAUGUGGGGUCUCUACGACUACAAAAAGGAUUGUUCAUUUUGCAUUCAGAUAUUCUAUUGUUGUUGUUGUCUUCCUGCUCUCCUAUGCAAUUCCCCGUCUAUCCGACAUGGUCCCACUGGUUGGAGUAACCGCUGGAAUGCUUCUCGCUCUCGUCUUCCCAUCACUUUUCCAUCUUCUCAUUUUCCUUCCCCAAUUUGAAUGUCGUAUUGGUUUCCUUUUUGACAUUCUCCUUGACAUUGUCUGUAUCGUCAUUGGAAUGUUCUUCGUCAUCUAUGGUUUCAUCACAAACGUUCACCAUCUGAUGCGUUGA